CGUCGGGGGAUGAAAUGUUGUAUGCCACAUAAAGUUUUCGCGAAAGGAUAAAUACAAAAAUAUUUUCGGAAUCGUUGGCAUGUCAAUUGGACUAUUGAAAUAACAAACGGCUUCAUAUUGUUAGCUAGAUUAAGCAAUAUGAACAAAUACUCGGCAUUUAUUGUGUGCAUUUCGCUCCUGCUUUUAUUUACAAAAAAGGAUGUGGGGAGCCAUAAUGUGGACUCCGGAAUAUAUGGUUUCCAGCAAUCAUCGGGUAUCUGCCAUAUUUACAAUGGCACCAUUUGUCGCGAUGUCUUGAGCAAUGCCCAUGUUUUCGUAUCCCCCAAUCUCACCAUGAACGACUUGGAGGAGCGAUUAAAGGCAGCUUAUGGAGUAAUCAAGGAGUCCAAGGAUAUGAACGCGAAUUGCCGCAUGUACGCUUUGCCCAGCUUGUGUUUCAGUUCAAUGCCAAUUUGCAGGACUCCGGAGCGCACGAAUCUCUUGUACUUCGCCAACGUGGCCACGAAUGCCAAGCAGAUGAAGAACGUCACCAUUCGCAGGAAGAGAACCAAGUCCAAGGACAUUAAGAACAUAAGCAUAUUCAAGAAGAAGUCGACCAUCUACGAGGAUGUGUUCAGCACAGACAUAUCGAGUAAAUACCCACCAACCAGAGAGUCUGAGAACCUAAAACGCAUUUGCCGCGAGGAGUGCGAACUUCUGGAGAACGAGCUGUGCCAGAAGGAGUAUGCCAUUGCCAAGCGACAUCCCGUCAUCGGGAUGGUGGGUGUGGAGGAUUGCCAGAAGCUGCCGCAGCACAAGGACUGCCUGUCCUUGGGCAUCACCAUCGAGGUGGAUAAGACGGAGAAUUGUUACUGGGAGGAUGGAUCGACAUACAGAGGUGUUGCGAACGUCUCCGCAUCCGGAAAGCCAUGUUUGCGUUGGUCUUGGCUGAUGAAGGAAAUCUCCGAUUUCCCCGAGCUCAUCGGUCAGAAUUAUUGCCGAAAUCCUGGAAGCGUUGAAAAUAGUCCUUGGUGUUUUGUGGACUCCUCGCGUGAACGCAUAAUCGAACUUUGUGAUAUUCCAAAAUGCGCGGACAAAAUAUGGAUUGCCAUUGUCGGAACGACUGCAGCCAUUAUUCUAAUAUUUAUAAUUAUAUUUGCCAUAAUACUUUUCAAAAGAAGAACAAUCAUGCACUAUGGAAUGAGGAAUAUUCAUAACAUCAACACACCCAGCGCCGAUAAAAAUAUCUACGGAAAUUCGCAGCUUAAUAACGCACAAGAUGCUGGCAGGGGCAAUCUGGGGAAUCUAACCGAUCACGUUGCUUUGAACUCCAAGCUCAUCGAGAGGAAUACUCUGCUGAGGAUAAACCACUUUACGCUGCAGGAUGUUGAGUUUCUGGAGGAGCUGGGCGAAGGAGCUUUCGGAAAAGUUUACAAGGGCCAGCUCCUGCAGCCCAACAAAACCACGAUAACAGUUGCCAUCAAGGCGUUGAAGGAAAACGCCUCUGUGAAAACGCAGCAGGACUUUAAGCGCGAAAUCGAACUAAUCUCGGAUCUGAAGCAUCAGAAUAUAGUGUGCAUAUUGGGCGUUGUGCUCAACAAGGAGCCCUACUGCAUGCUGUUCGAGUACAUGGCCAAUGGUGAUCUGCACGAAUUCCUGAUCUCAAACUCACCCACCGAAGGCAAGUCGCUGUCGCAGUUGGAAUUCCUGCAAAUAGCUCUACAAAUCAGCGAGGGAAUGCAGUAUCUGUCCGCCCAUCAUUAUGUACAUCGCGACUUGGCAGCUCGCAAUUGCCUGGUAAACGAGGGUCUGGUUGUGAAGAUAUCCGAUUUUGGACUAUCCAGAGACAUUUACAGCUCGGAUUAUUAUCGAGUUCAGUCAAAGUCGCUAUUGCCUGUGAGGUGGAUGCCCUCGGAAUCGAUAUUGUAUGGAAAGUUUACCACAGAGAGCGAUGUUUGGUCCUUUGGAGUCGUUCUUUGGGAAAUAUACAGCUAUGGAAUGCAGCCAUACUACGGUUUUAGCAAUCAGGAAGUAAUCAAUCUCAUCCGUUCACGGCAACUGCUCUCCGCUCCGGAAAACUGUCCCACGGCUGUCUACUCGCUCAUGAUCGAGUGCUGGCAUGAGCAGUCAGUAAAACGUCCAACAUUCACAGAUAUUUCGAACCGUCUCAAAACUUGGCACGAGGGCCACUUUAAGGCCAGUAAUCCAGAAAUGUAAACUUAAGAUUUUACACAUAUGUAUUUUCAACGAAAUGGACUGUAAAAUAAGUAGGUUUAAGAAUUUAAUAAAACGAAUGAUAUCGAAAA